CUGGGAAACAUAAUAAAUAGUGCGGUAGUGUCAAGAUCUGAAACUUGAGCCGCUUUGUAACGCGAUUAUUUGAUCGUCACACAGUUUAAAAAUCAGCGCAAUGGCUGGAAAAAUGGUUGGAGGAACAUCUGAGGUGAAGCAGGCGACUGAGGAGGUGCAGAAGAUUUGUGAUGAGGUUAAGUCACAAGUCGAGGAGAAGGCUGGCAAGAAGUUUGAUGUUUUCAAAGCCAAAUCUUUCACAACACAGCUUGUGGCAGGAACAAACUAUUUUGUCAAGGUUCAUGUGGGAGCAGAUGAAUACAUUCAUGUGAGGGUUCAUAAGUCUCUUCCUCACAGUGGUGAGAAACUUCAGCUUCACAGUGUCCAGACCUCUAAAGCUCACUGUGACCCUAUAGAGUACUUCUAAACAAAUGCAACAGUCCAUUAUACCAAAAUGCUCGACUAUUAAUGUUACAUGACCUUUAAUGUGGACCGAGUAUUUAGCUGCUUCAGUGCCUAUGAGUUUAUGAUCGACACUUUUUGCUGUUAAAAUUGUUUGAAUUGUGCGGAAAUACUUGCAUCUAAUCAUUCCAUCUGCUUUAUAAAAGGACACUUAAAACAAAGGGAAAUUUAUUAUUGAAUUAUAAAAGACAAAUAUGUCUUUGUUUGGUCUGUUUGGUAUGUAGUUGUGCACCCUGACAUCUAUGUUCGAAGUUCACAAAUAUUAGACUUUUUAAUUAUGCAUCUUUAGUUUAUUUUUGGCAUUUUAGUAAUGGUCAUGACAGAUAUUCCAUUUAUCUUUAUGGAUGACCAUGUCCGCCAUAUCAUUGGAAAUCAAAUGUGAAGUAUUGGUCCGAUCUUUUACACGUUAAAAAUCUUUGGACAAAGAUAUUUGUAUUAAAGCAACACAAUUGUGAGAGGUGCUCAAAAGUCGACCAGCUUCUUUGUCACAUUCAUUUUGUAGAAAUCACACUUAAAACAUCAUACUGUAUUCAUUUUGAGUAACUAAAUUCAUGUAUUGAGAUUUUUUUAUGAAAGACCACAGAUUAUUUUUUAAAGUUGUGUCAAACUGCUAUAAUAUCUCUAUUAAUAUGAUACAAAGAAGUUUUGAAAUCUGCUAAACAGAAUUUUUUUUAAAAAAGAGUGUUUUGUUUUCUUCAUGUUGUAACGGUAAUAAAAAUGGACAUUUUA